UUUCCUUAUGCGUAGAUAUAUGAGGUGUGAUUUGGCUUGUUUAUCUUCUUGUGGUUUUUGGGUUCAUUUUUGUGUAUUAGCUUUCUGGGAAUUGAGAUUGAAGUGUCAAGUUUCACCUUUUGUCAGUUCUGAGCUCAAACUAGAGAAUGCUUUAUUCUCUCUAUUUUUGGCUUGGAUUAUUUGAGUUUUUCUGAAUUGGGUCUGUCAAUUCUGUUUUUAGUUUUGGUUCUUUUCAAGAUUUAGUAGAUGGGUUUCAAUUUUUGGUUGUUUGGUGAUGGAUUUCAAGUGAGUUAGAUUCAAAGAAGUGGUAUUUUAAUUAGUCCUUGUUUUGGUUUUGGAUUUGGGAAGCGAAUAAAGUUGUGAUUUUGAAUUAGAGUUUUUGGGUUUAAUCUAGAGAGAGAAAUUAAAAAAGUUUGGUGGAAGCUUAAUAAUCAAUUUGAGUUGAGUUUGGGAAUGGCUGCUAGAGUUGAGACUGAUGAAGACAGUGAAAGUAACAAAGGAAGUAUGUGGGUUUUGGAUCAGAAGCUUGAUCAGCCCAUGGAUGAAGAAGCUGGAAGGCUGAGAAACAUGUACAGAGAAAAGAAAUUUUCUGCUUUAUUACUUCUGCGGCUUGCAUUCCAGAGUCUUGGAGUUGUAUACGGAGACUUGGGGACGUCUCCCUUGUAUGUUUUCUACAAUACAUUUCCUCGGGGAAUCAAAGAUCCAGAAGAUGUGAUUGGAGCUCUUUCAUUGAUUAUAUACUCUCUUACUCUUGUCCCGCUCCUCAAGUAUGUUUUUGUCGUGUGCAAAGCGAAUGACAAUGGUCAAGGUGGAACUUUUGCUCUAUAUUCAUUACUUUGUCGACAUGCAAAAGUAAAAACCAUUCCUAAUCAACACCGAACCGAUGAGGAGCUGACAACUUACAGCCGUUCUACUUUCCAUGAAAAGUCAUUUGCUGCAAAAACCAAGAGAUGGUUGGAGUGUUAUGCAUUCAGGAAGAAUGCACUUCUUAUUCUUGUCCUUGUUGGCACUUGCAUGGUAAUUGGUGAUGGGAUUCUCACUCCAGCUAUAUCAGUUCUUUCAGCCGCAGGAGGGAUUAAGGUAGACCAUCCCCAUAUGAGUAAUGCUGUAGUUGUGGUCGUUGCUGUUGUAAUAUUAGUAGGUUUGUUUUGCAUGCAACAUUAUGGUACGGAUAAGGUUGGCUGGCUCUUUGCACCAAUUGUGCUGCUCUGGUUUCUCAUGAUUGGAGGAAUCGGCCUUCUCAACAUCUGGAAAUAUGAUAGCAGUGUUUUAAAAGCUUUUUCACCUGUAUACAUAUACCGAUAUUUUAAAAGGGGGGGACUAGAUGGUUGGACCUCCCUUGGAGGUAUCAUGCUUAGUAUAACAGGGACGGAGGCACUUUUUGCUGAUCUAGCCCAUUUUCCAGUUUCAGCUGUACAGAUUGCCUUUACAGUAGUUGUGUUUCCUUGCCUUCUUUUAGCCUAUUCUGGACAAGCUGCCUACCUUAUGAGGCACCAGGAUCAUGUGGUUGAUGCCUUCUAUCGUUCUAUUCCAGAAAGUAUAUAUUGGCCAGUUUUUAUUGUUGCAACUGCAGCUGCUAUAGUAGCAAGUCAGGCUACCAUAUCUGCAACUUUUUCAAUAAUCAAGCAGGCCCUUGCACUUGGCUGUUUCCCAAGAGUUAAAGUUGUACAUACAUCAAAGAAAUUCCUUGGGCAGAUAUAUAUUCCCGAUAUCAAUUGGAUCCUUAUGAUUCUUUGCAUUGCGGUGACUGCUGGAUUCAAGAAUCAAAGCCAAAUCGGAAAUGCUUAUGGGACUGCCGUGGUCAUAGUCAUGCUGGUAACCACACUGCUGAUGAUUCUAAUUAUGAUACUUGUGUGGCGCUGUCAUUGGAUUCUUGUGCUGAUCUUCACUGGACUAUCAUUGGUUGUGGAAUGCACAUAUUUUUCUGCCGUACUCUUCAAGAUUGAUCAAGGUGGCUGGGUUCCCCUUGUAAUUGCGGCAGCCUUUCUCCUCAUCAUGUAUGUUUGGCAUUAUGGUUCUGUGAAACGUUAUGAGUUCGAGAUGCACAGCAAGGUCUCAAUGGCCUGGAUUCUCGGCCUUGGCCCCAGUUUAGGACUGGUUCGGGUCCCUGGAAUUGGACUGGUGUACACAGAACUGGCCAGUGGGGUGCCUCACAUCUUCUCCCACUUCAUCACAAAUCUGCCGGCUAUCCAUUCUGUUGUCGUUUUCGUUUGUGUCAAGUACCUUCCCGUGUACACAGUCCCAGAAGAAGAAAGGUUCCUUGUCAAGCGGAUCGGACCCAAAAAUUUCCACAUGUUUCGCUGUGUUGCAAGGUAUGGCUACAAAGACCUCCAUAAGAAAGAUGAAGAUUUUGAAAAAAAACUCUUCGAUAAUCUCUUCCUGUUUGUUCGGCUCGAGGCCAUGAUGGAAGGGUGUUCAGAUUCAGAUGAGUAUAGUUUAUAUGGGCAGCAGACUGAGCAGUCAAGAGACGGCCUCUUGAACAAUAACAAUGGAAACACAAGCUCCUCCAUAACAGGCCUUACCAUAUCAUCGGUAGACUCAAUUGUGCCGGCAAUUAAAUCGCCGCCGCAUGUAAAUAAUACAGUGAGGUCAUCCGGUCAAAUGAGCAGCCAAACAGAGACAGAUGAGUUAGAUUACUUGAAUAGUUGUAGAGAUGCUGGAGUUGUGCACAUACUGGGGAACACUGUGGUUAGAGCAAGGAGGGAAUCAAGGUUCUAUAAAAAGAUAGCAGUUGAUUAUAUAUAUGCAUUUCUUAGGAAGAUUUGCAGAGAAAAUAGUGUAAUAUUUAAUCUUCCUCAUGAGAGUCUGUUGAAUGUUGGACAGGUUUUCUAUGUCUAAUUUUUUUUAAUAAAUAAGAGUAACUUGUAUUGGUUGGUUUCAA